AGAGCCCCUGAUAGAACUCCUGCGAGCAGCAAUGACUGAGGAAGCAGCAGGAACCUUCACCCUGAUUGGCACUGCCUGGUUGGGAGGCUGCCAGGAUGUGUGAACAGGGAAGUCUUCACAGGAGAAAGCUGAUUUUCCCAUUGUUCAUGUGCUGACCAUUAUAUUCCCCAAAACUGUGCAGAGUGAAGGUGUGAGCAGGGUAUCCGGGGUUUGACAACGCAUCAUUUCCCCAGGACCUUCUCUGUGCAAUGAGUGGGACAACAUCUGCCAGGAUGAAGGAGGAUCCUCCGCCCUGGAGGAUGGCAGGGAAAAGAGUCCUCAUAGUCUAUGCUCAUCAGGAACCCAAGUCUAUGAAUGGAUCCUUGAAGGAUGCAGCCGUGACUGAAUUAAGCAAUCAGGGCUGCCAAGUCACCGUGUCUGACUUGUACGCCAUGAACUUUGAACCCAGAGCUACAAAGAAAGAUUUUGCAGGUCCUUUGAACAACUUGGACUUCUUCAAUUACGGGGUAGAAGCACAUGAAGCCUACAAGAAAGGAUUUCUGUCCAGUGAUGUGGUUGAAGAGCAAAAGAAGGUGCAGGAAGCUGAUUUAAUCAUAUUUCAGUUUCCCUUAUAUUGGUUCAGUGUGCCCGCCAUCAUGAAAGGCUGGAUGGACAGAGUCCUUUGCCAAGGAUUUGCUUUUGAUUUUCCAGAAUGCUUUGAUAGAGGCUUCCUCCAGAACAAAUUAGCCCUCAUUUCAUUCACCACUGGAGGGGAUGCUGAAAUGUACUCCAAAACUGGGCUCAGUGGAGAUAUUAAAUAUGUCUUGUGGCCCUUACAGCAUGGCGUGUUGCAUUUCUGUGGUUUCAAAGUCCUCGCCCCUCAGGUCAGCUUUGCUCCUGAAUAUACAUCAGAAGAUAAGAGAAAGGAGAUGGUAGCAUCUUGGGCAAGUAGACUGGAGACCAUCUGGAAAGAGAAGCCAAUAAACUGCUCUUCCUCCUGGUACUUUGAAUGCUAGCCAUGUAUAUACCAUUAUAUACAGUGUUCUUUCUCUAUUUCAAAGCUGGGAGUAGCAAGUGCUCAGGAGACAAUCUGUUAUGAUCAAUAAAGUCACAAAGUGAA